UGGGCUCUCCUCCCUGUCGGGGUGGGAAGGGCGGCCGAUCCCCGCCUGCAGGAUGUCGGCAGUGGCUUACAUGGACUUCGUGGCCGCCCAGUGCCUGGUGUCCAUUUCCAACCGCUCCGUGGCCCGGCAGGACGUGGCCCGCGAGGCGGAGCUGCUGAAGAUGCCCGAGGAGGAGGAGGAGGAGGAAGCGGCGGCCGGCGGGACCAAGGAGCUGAGCGACCCCAGGGACGCCUGGAAGGAUUAUUGCACUCUGGUGACCAUCGCCAAGAGCUUGUUGGACCUGAACAAGUACCGACCCCUCCCGACGCCGUCCGUCUGCAGCGACAGCGUGGAAAGCCCCGACGAGGAUGCGGGAUCGGACAGCGACGGGACCACGGAGUCCGGGUCGAGCCCUUCCCACAGCCCCGUGGAGGGGCAGGAGGCCGGCGGGCGGCCGGACCCCCUCUCCCUCCUGCACGGCGGAGGGCCUGCCAAGGGGAAACUGGCCACGGAAAAAAGACAUAAGUGCCCCUACAGUGGAUGUGGCAAAGUCUAUGGCAAAUCAUCCCAUCUUAAAGCCCAUUACAGAGUGCAUACAGGUGAACGACCGUUCCCUUGCACAUGGCCAGAUUGCCUUAAAAAGUUCUCCCGCUCUGAUGAGCUAACACGGCACUACAGAACCCACACUGGCGAGAAGCAGUUUCGAUGUCCGCUUUGUGAGAAGCGGUUCAUGAGGAGCGACCACCUGACGAAGCAUGCCCGUCGCCACACUGAGUUCCACCCUAGCAUGAUCAAGCGAUCUAAAAAGGCCAGCUCUGCCUCCUUUUGAAUGACAGACUAGAAUUGGAGGUUGGGUGGGAGGGGACAACCAUUGUUGCAAAAGGCAUAACUGAUCAGCACAAAUACGUCCACCACUGUACAGUAAUUCCCCCUACUUGCAUUUUGAAAGCACAUGUAGCUGGAAGUUUAACAUUUUGUCCCAUCCACUCUGCUAUGCUACCAACAACAGUCUUAAACCAGUGGCUGCUGGGUGGGAGCGGGGAGGGGGGCAGUGUGGGGUAUCAGCAGAAAUAAUGCAACUUUUUUUGUAGUUUAAAGAAUCAACACUGGUGUAUAUAUGUCUGACUGGGUGGUUUGACCUGUGACAACACAGUAGUGAUUCCAAGCUCUUUGUGAUUGCUGUGUCAUGGACAUGUUUUGUUGACUAAUGUAAUGCUGCUUGUAUUUAAAACAAAAACAAAAAAAGUUUAGUAAAACCACUUUCCAACUCA